AUGUCGCUUCUCGCAGCCUCCGCCAAGAACGCGCUUACGCCCUUUUUUGAAGAGUGGUGGAAUGCCAGAAACGUGGCCGUCGCAGCAAAGCGUGACUUGACCCACGUGGACAAGCUUGCUAAGCGAGGUGAGGCCAUCCACAAUACUCUCCUUGGACAACACCUCAAACGUCGCCAGAGUCGCAGCCAACGCAACAGUAAGCCCCGCCCCAACGUGCUUCAUGACAUCGUCAACCACGAAAGCCGCUGUGUACGAGGCCCUCUGCUUCUCAAGAGAAUGUCGUCCCCGCCCAACUUUUACUCCAAGCUGGAGGCACACCGCCACACCACCGCCAUCAACAGCCACGGAGACCUCCUCCAGCAAUAA